AUUGCGAUUUUGACUUCAUUCAUCUGAUGAUCAUUUUUUCCCAUUACCACCUUCUCAUUGCAUUGGCUUGUUUUGCAACAUCUGCACUCUGCAAGAAAUGCUACGUUGGAGAGGAUGACCCUGUCCUGGAAGACGAGUUCGACUACUGCGUCACAACGUUUAAUUCAAAGACUGAUGUCAUCACGUACAACGGAAAAACUGGCCCAACAACUGUGUUCAAGGAUGAUCCUAAUCCCAACAAUCUCAUCAAUAGCUUCUGUUAUAUCAGCAAGAAUCCUGACGUUGACGAAGUGAGUUGCUACUGCAAAGUGUCAAGAUGCAACAGAAUAGUCACCGUCCAGAAGUUCUUCGAGAUGAUGCUUGAUCACCGUCCCGAAUAGUUUUUUUAAUUUUU